AUGACUUGGCAUGCCCAUCUUGCACUGGUGCUGGCCCUAGUCUGCCUAGUGAGUGCAUCGUGCUCCGGCAAGUCAGACGCCUGUUCAUCCAACCCAAUUCUAUUGCGAAGAGCCAAUGCUCUCAACUUCCAAUCCGCAUCAUGCAACCUGAAGUGGAAGUUCGACUGCACUCAGCCCGACAAGGAUGGUGGGAAGAUGCAGAAACCACCACCAUUCUCCCUGUGCACCACAUCGGACUAUCCAUCCGGACUGCUACCCGUCGAUGCCUACACACUGUCACUACAGGCGAAUACCUUCAGAAAGGGCUCUGCCAACGCCACGCUACAUGGCUUGUGGCCUAGUUCAGCUGCAGGCAAAGGUGCCAAGAAUCAGCCUUACGGGUGUCUUAACGGUGAGGAGUUCGAUGAGUCGAUCCUCAAGACCUUUGAGGACUUGCUGAAGUACUUCUGGCCCACGAACCCACAGUUCAAAAACACCAUGCAAUGCUUUAUCCUGUCUGAAUGGAUGAAGCACGGCACUUGCGCAGUGAUUCCUGGUGCUGAUGGUGAAGCGUUUAGGCUACCACAGGAGGCCUACUUCCGCACGGUCUUUGUGCUAGCUAACGAGUUCAACGAAAACUUGGCUCUUCAAGAACAGCUGAAGGCUCCAAAGCCGAUGGCAGACAUGGAACCUACUAUUCCUGCACGUUGUGUCCAAUGCGCGUACCUGGCAACAGUGGGUUGGAAAGGGACUGAUGUGGCGAGUGUUCCGCGUAUGUCGGGCGAGUGUAUUGACUCGUGCUUUGCAUGUGGUAAGGAUUGGGACAGAUGCCCUCCGGAGCAGCUUGAAAGCACUAUCGAGCUGGACCCCAGCAAUGCACCACCUAGUGAGAGUGACGGUGACAGUAGCGAAGAAAACGCAAUCUUUAAGGUAUUGGAGUUUGCUGUACCGGGCCUUGUGAACAGCGACAACAUCUCUCCCUGGAAGGGCACCUGGCGCUCGUUCGGAGCCGAGCAGCUAGGUUCCGGCAAGUUCGAGUUUGCGCAGACCUUUACCGACAACACCAUGACUGUUACUACAGACAGUCCGUAUCCCCAGACAUGCAACUAUGAGCGGCGUGGACCUGGGGAGCUGAUACUGCGAUGUGGAAAAGACAACUCACACUUGGAAAGGUGUCUGGUGCAGCGCCUUCCGGACAUUGGCGGGCUUGAGGUAGCCUUUCUGGCAUGUAACCAUACUGGGGCACCAGCGCCAGGAAGCUUCUUUACUGCUAUGGAUACGCCUGGAUGUGGCAACUUUCUCAUGUUCCGCUGCAAGGCGUCAUCAACAGGUUGUUCCUUUUUUCCAGAUGUUACCUCGGUGGACGGAAGCAAGACGUCUAAGUCCAAGACCAAGGUCGAGUCCGACUCCAAGCCCAGCUUUGUGAGCCACUCCUCCCCAGGUAUUGCCGGAUCACCACUCAAGCUGUUGGGCUCAUGGCGCUCGCUUCAAGUGUCCAGCAACUACGAAAAGGGCCUGGCACGAUGGAACUUCACUGCCGACGGACAGGCAUCAAUGGAGUGGCCAAACUACCCCAGCCGUGGCGUUGAGCGUUACUCCGUAUUGCACUUCCAGGAGGAUCCCAGCCGGGUACUCCUCGCCGAUGCAAGCGGUUCUGUCACCAACUGCCGUUUCAAGUUUCAAUACCAACCCGUAUACUCCUAUGCGACACUGGAUUGUGGUGCAACAGACCAGCUGGUAGAAGACAAGAAGGGUACGCAGCGCACAAAAUGGGCCAUGGGACGAUGCAAUCCGUGCAGCGCCUCCUGUCGCUAUUCAUGUGGUCCUGAGAACAACAUGUGUGGUGCUGGCUCUUGUGACCCGGCCGAGUCCGCACAAGUAGAGCCUGCUGUCGCCAUGUACUCCCUGCCAGCUGAAGACGGUCACAACUGGUGUACGCCUGAAGACUCUAGCUGCUGGCCCACAAAGACGGCCAUUCUAGAACUGGAGCAGGCGCUGGACCCUACGGUACCACGCCUUGGACUUCAAUGGAGCAGUUACCCGAAACCUCAGCUAGCGCCAGUACCAAUGGGCUCUAUCAAGAACCAAUCAUUUUAUGGUUUAGGUAGCGAGGGAUUGAGAGCGUUGUACUAUUACGAGGAUGUCAACGAGAUGCGACGUCCUUGCUUUAGCGCAUCUGGCGACUUCACUGCGUUGAAUGAUGCAUCGGACAUGUGUAAGGCAGCACUUCAUCAGAACGAGUACCGCAAUUGGAACCCCUUUAUCGUCGUCUUCCCACUCAACGAACGCCAUGUCGCUGCUGCCCUUACAUUUGCCGCGCAGCACAGACUCUGCAUCGCCACUGCUGGUACUGGUCACGAAUACAACAGCCGCAAUUCAUGCCCAACUGGUGGCAUUCUCAUUCGCACGAUUUUGCUCAAGGACAAGGUCUUCAUGCCUACCUGGGACCAAGACCCUACUAUCGCCCCUGCUGGCGCAUUCCGCUUUGGUGCCGGGUCUAUUUUUGCUGAGAUGCAUGAGUUCUCGUCCAAGUACGAACGUGUUGUCGCCUCGGGCUGGUGCUCUACCGUGGGCAUGGUUGGCUUCCAUCUUGGUGGUGGCCAUGGACCAUUUGCACCGUCUAUGGGUCUCGGUGUUGAUAAUGUGCUGGAGAUUGAAGUUCUCCAGGUCGGUCGCGACGCUUACGACAAUCCGGUUGUCCACAAGAAGGUUGCCAGUCGACAACAGAAUCCCCAGCUCUUCUGGGCCAUGCGCGGUGGUGGUGGUGGUGUCUGGGGCGUUAUCCUCUCCAUGACGAUUCGUGCUCACAAAGUGCCCGAUGGGGGACUCAGCCGUGUGUUCAUCUCUCAGCAGGGUAAUUUCUGCCCUGGCCAACAAGACUUCGGCUACGAAUGGCUGCGCGAAAUGUGGGAGCGCUUUACUGCGUGGCAGCUGAGGCUCAACCAAAAGGUUAGCACGCAGCCCGCCUUCUUUAUCAACACUACCAACUACAAAAAUGGUGACCUCUGCAAAGUCACUUGGACCUUCAACUUUGAGUAUUUCUAUGCUGGUGGUCAAACAGAGAAGGACUACAAGCUGUUCCGUGAUGGUCUCAAACACGUCUUGCAGAACGACACUGCACAGGAGGACAACUAUGAGUCAGCUUACAAGUACCUUCUCUCUAUGCCUGCCAACAAGUUCUCACUUAACGCGACGAACCCACUACCAGCGUCGACUCCACCCUCCGACGCGGCGACUGGAUCUCAAAACUCAGUCCUUGUCUCGCGACAGAUGAUGGAGACAAAGUUCUCCUCGACCAUGAUGGACGUGUUGGACAUUUGUGUCAAGACACUGAAAACUCCUGACAAGACCUCACCGGAUCCGGCGGGUUAUCGAUGUGGCUUCCACUAUCUCUACACGUCAAUUACGGGCAAUCUUGGCAGUGUGCAACCAAAAGACACAGCCAUCUCGGCGGGUUUUCGCUCAGCGCUACUGCUAUGGAAUGCACGUACCUUGACAACGCAGCAGGCCAAUGACACGAUAUAUAAACUUGGACAAAACAGCUAUUUCUCCGAGAGCUCGUAUGUAAUGCAUAACUGGACAACGAGGUAUUGGGGCGAGAAGACGUAUGGACAGUUGCUGGCUGUGAAGAAGGCGCACGACCCAAAGAAUCUGUUCUGGUGUCAUCAUUGUGUUGGGGAUAAUCCGAAGGACGCUUAUGGAGAGCCACUCGGUGCUCAGGCUGAUACCGUCAAGAAGGAUCACUUAAAUGAUGAGGUGAGGGACGAGUUGUAG